AAUAAAUAUUUUUUCCCCUGUUGUUUUAGAUUAGACAAUGAUUAGUGAAAGGAUCAGAUUUUGCAAAACCACUGCCCGAGAAACGCGUACGCAAAGAGUUGGUUUCUUUCAGCGCUGUAGUGGACACAAGGUGUGAAAGGUUUAUGAUUCCCAAAAUGCAGUCCCUUUGUAGCAAUUCUCAAAAGUAUCAGAUACUCUUCUUUAAAAGAAAGCAAACAUAGAAGGAGCAAAUUGGCAUCUGAGGUGCAGUCAAGUCUGAUAAACAGCGGCAGUCUGAAACGUUUUAGGCUAAGCGGCAGUCUCAUUCUUAAGAUAUGCACCUUCACGCUUUCUACAUCCUGAUGCUGGGAGUGUCACUGGUGAAACCGCAACAUUCUGAAAUGUGCAGAUGUGAAGAGAAAGUUAACAUCUGCUCUGUGGUUGCUGGCAUUAAUGGAUUACCAGGGACCCCAGGGAGCAAUGGCUUACCAGGGAGAGACGGGGCGGAAGGUCCUCCAGGGCCAAAAGGAGAUUCAGGUUUCAAAGGAAUACAGGGACCUCCAGGAAAAGCUGGACCUCCUGGCUCAAAUGGAGAACAAGGGCUGAAAGGGGAUCAAGGGCUGAAAGGAGAAAAAGGAGACAGUGCAGAGGUUGAAGUUCUUAAAACCCAGAUUCGUGAUUUACAAGUAGAGCUGCAGGUUGUUAAGGCGACGACAAGUAAGAACCAUGCAGAUUUUCUACAGGCUGCUUUCCCAAACUUCACCGUAAUAAGAAACAAAAAAAUUGCAUCUAACGGAGCCGAAGCCAAUUAUGACACUGCCAAAGCCACCUGCUCCAGGUUUGGGGGGCAGCUCGCGUCUCCGAGAAACGGGGAAGAAAACGCCGCCUUAGCAAAACUGGCGUCAAAACUUGGAAAACAUGCUUUUCUUGGGAUGACUGACCGGGAGAGAGAAGGUAGUUUUAAGCACCUCAACGGGGACCAAAUGCAAUACUCACGGUGGGCAAAAGGCGAACCUAACGGAGAACAAGAGGAUUGUAUAGAGUUAUACCUGGAUGGCCAGUGGAAUGAUGUGGACUGCAAUAUAAUUCGAUUAAUCGUCUGUGAGUUUUAAUCCAACCAUCCUCCUCUAAACUUGUCAGGCUAGCAAAAAACAGAUUUCCAAAAUCCACGGUGUUCGCCUAUAACUUCAGAACACGAGCAAAAUGACCAGCGAGGUAUCACAAGGCUUUACAAGAUUGACUCGAGCAACGGUCAAACAGACAAACAAGCAUCGGAGCAAUUUUGUGUAAUUUAAUUCAGCUUGGGUGCACUUUGGAGGCUGGGUGUGUUUAUGAGAAAUGUUUGUGACAACGCAGCUAAUAAAUAAUGCAUUGGCAAUUGUCAUGUUUAGAUAAUCACAUAUUAAACUGUCCGCUUCAUGUAGUA